GUAGUUGUAGUUGUUGUGUCCCUUUCGUCCUCUUGAAGUCAUUUUUUUCAUUAUUAUAUAUAUAUAACCAUUUAACAGCUAUACACUCACUGUUUGAGCCGAACACACAAAGAGAGAGAGAGACACACACACACUGAGACAGCUGGGCAUAGCAUAGGAUAGCAUAUUAGCAUUGCUUGGUUUACUUGGGUCAGAUCGACCUCUAAGUCCAUCAAGCUCAAAUCUUUCUCUCUUGGGCUUCAUUUUCUCCCAGUUUUUCCAUCUGGGUGUCUCUUGGUUUUGAGAUCUGGUGGAGAUUUUGGCUGUUUGGGGCAAGGAAUUCAAUUGGGUUUUCAUUGAAAAUUCAGUCUGAUCGAUUUGGUUUGAGUUGUGCAGAUCUGGGCUUUGAUUUGAGAAAGAGGCGUGUUUUUGAAGCAUUGAGCUCUGAGGUAUGCAUUAGAUCUUGUUGAGAUUGAGGAAUCUGCUUGAUCCAUUGUUCACAUCUGGGCAAAGAGAAGCUGGUGCCAAUGGAAUCAGAAGGAGAAACUGCGGCAAAGUCCUCAAAGACCCUGGGUGGACAAGUCUGCCAGAUCUGUGGCGAUAAUGUUGGGAAGACUGUAGAUGGUGAGCCAUUCAUUGCCUGCGAUGUUUGCGCAUUUCCUGUUUGCAGACCUUGCUAUGAGUACGAGAGGAAGGAUGGGAAUCAGUCUUGCCCUCAGUGCAAAACCCGAUACAAAAGACACAAAGGUAGUCCUGCAAUUCUCGGGGAUAGAGAAGAGGAUGCUGAUGCUGAUGAUGGUGGCAGUGACUUCAAUUACAAUUUGGAAGAUCAAAACCAAAAGCAAAAGAUUGCAGAGCGCAUGUUGAGCUGGCAUAUGACAUAUGGACGGGGGGAGGAUGUAGGGGCUCCCAGUUAUGAUAAAGAGGUUUCUCACAACCACAUUCCUUUGCUCACCAAUGGAACAGAGGUUUCUGGAGAAUUGUCUGCUGCAUCACCUGAGCGUCUUUCUAUGGCAUCUCCUGGAGUUGGUGGUGGCGGGAAGCGUAUCCAUCCUCUCCCUUAUUCAUCUGAUGUUAAUCAAUCGCCUAAUAUUAGGGUUGUGGAUCCGGUAAGGGAAUUUGGUUCACCAGGAUUAGGAAAUGUAGCCUGGAAAGAAAGAGUUGAUGGCUGGAAGAUGAAGCAGGAAAAGAAUGUUGUUCCAAUGAGCACUGGCCAAGCCAAUUCUGAAAGGGGUGCUGGUGAUAACCGUGAUAUUGAUGCCAGCACCGAUGUGCUUGUGGAUGACUCUUUACUGAAUGAUGAAGCUCGGCAGCCCCUCUCAAGAAAGGUUUCUAUUCCAUCUUCUAGGAUAAACCCUUAUAGGAUGGUCAUUGUUCUGCGGCUCAUUAUUCUCUCCAUUUUUUUGCACUAUCGAAUAACAAAUCCUGUGCCCAAUGCCUAUGCUCUGUGGUUAAUAUCUGUGAUUUGUGAGAUUUGGUUUGCAAUGUCCUGGAUAUUGGAUCAGUUCCCCAAGUGGCUGCCUGUAAACCGUGAAACAUAUCUUGACAGGCUUGCUCUGAGAUAUGAUCGUGAGGGAGAACCAUCACAAUUAGCUGCAGUUGACAUAUUUGUCAGUACUGUCGAUCCAUUGAAGGAGCCUCCUCUUGUGACAGCUAAUACUGUGCUAUCUAUUCUCUCAGUCGACUACCCAGUUGACAAGGUCUCUUGCUAUGUGUCUGAUGAUGGUGCUGCUAUGUUGACAUUUGAAGCUUUGGCUGAGACAUCUGAAUUUGCACGGAAAUGGGUUCCUUUCUCCAAGAAAUAUAACAUUGAGCCUCGGGCUCCAGAAUGGUACUUUGCACAAAAGAUUGACUACUUGAAAGAUAAGGUUCAACCAUCAUUUGUCAAAGAUCGUAGAGCUAUGAAGAGAGAAUAUGAAGAAUUUAAAGUCCGUAUUAACGGGCUUGUUGCAAAGGCACAGAAGAUUCCUGAAGAAGGAUGGAUUAUGCAAGACGGUACACCAUGGCCUGGAAACAACACCAGAGACCAUCCAGGAAUGAUCCAGGUUUUCUUGGGCCAAAGUGGAGGGCUUGACGCUGAGGGUAAUGAGCUUCCACGUUUAGUUUAUGUUUCUCGUGAAAAGCGUCCAGGUUUUCAACAUCACAAGAAGGCUGGUGCUAUGAAUGCACUUGUUCGAGUAUCAGCAGUGCUUACCAAUGGACCUUUCUUGUUGAAUCUUGAUUGUGAUCACUACAUAAAUAACAGCAAGGCCUUGAGAGAAGCUAUGUGUUUCCUAAUGGAUCCCAACCUUGGAAAACAUGUUUGUUACGUUCAGUUUCCACAGAGGUUUGAUGGUAUUGAUAGGAAUGAUCGAUAUGCCAACCGAAAUACUGUCUUCUUUGAUAUCAACUUGAGAGGUCUGGAUGGCAUUCAAGGCCCUGUUUAUGUGGGUACUGGAUGCGUCUUCAAUAGAACAGCUUUAUAUGGUUAUGAGCCACCUCUCAAACCUAAGCAUAAGAAAGCUGGAUUUUUAUCUUCGCUUUGUGGUGGGUCAAGAAAGAAGGGUUCAAAGUCUAGUAAAAAGGGUUCAGACAAGAAGAAAUCUAGCAAGAAUGUAGACCCCACUGUGCCUAUUUUCAGUCUAGAGGAUAUAGAAGAGGGUGUGGAAGGUGCUGGAUUUGACGAUGAAAAGUCGCUACUCAUGUCCCAAAUGAGCCUGGAGAAAAGGUUUGGUCAGUCUGCUGUUUUUGUUGCGUCUACACUUAUGGAGAAUGGUGGUGUUCCACAAUCUGCAACACCAGAAACUCUUCUUAAAGAGGCUAUUCAUGUCAUCAGCUGUGGUUAUGAGGACAAAUCAGAAUGGGGAACUGAGAUUGGAUGGAUUUAUGGCUCUGUUACUGAAGAUAUUCUGACAGGAUUUAAGAUGCAUGCUCGUGGUUGGCGGUCAAUAUACUGCAUGCCCAAGCGCCCAGCCUUUAAAGGGUCUGCUCCUAUUAAUCUGUCAGAUCGUUUGAACCAAGUGCUUCGAUGGGCUUUAGGUUCUGUGGAAAUUCUUCUCAGUAGACAUUGCCCUAUCUGGUACGGUUAUAAUGGCAGGCUUAAAUGGCUCGAGAGGUUCGCAUAUAUCAACACCACCAUCUAUCCAAUCACUGCUCUUCCUCUUCUUAUGUAUUGUACUUUGCCGGCUGUCUGUCUACUUACAAACAAGUUCAUUAUUCCACAGAUCAGUAACAUUGCAAGUAUAUGGUUUAUAUCACUCUUUCUUUCCAUCUUUGCUACCGGUAUCCUAGAGAUGAGGUGGAGUGGUGUUGGAAUUGACGAGUGGUGGAGAAAUGAGCAGUUUUGGGUUAUUGGUGGUGUUUCAGCCCAUCUCUUUGCCGUUUUCCAAGGUUUGCUUAAAGUACUUGCUGGUAUUGACACCAACUUCACAGUUACAUCCAAGGCAUCAGAUGAAGAUGGAGACUUCGCUGAAUUGUACUUGUUCAAGUGGACAACCCUUCUCAUCCCACCAACAACUCUCCUUAUCAUAAACUUGGUUGGAGUCGUUGCAGGGAUUUCCUAUGCCAUCAACAGCGGUUACCAAUCAUGGGGUCCUCUCUUUGGGAAGCUCUUCUUUGCCUUUUGGGUGAUUGUCCAUCUGUAUCCCUUCCUUAAAGGUUUGAUGGGUCGCCAGAACCGGACACCCACCAUUGUUGUCGUCUGGUCAAUUCUCCUUGCUUCAAUUUUCUCAUUGUUAUGGGUGCGAGUAGAUCCAUUUACCACUAGAGUUACCGGUCCAGAUGUUACGCAGUGUGGAAUCAACUGCUAGAGGGAAAAUAACACAACUUGAAGACUGAAAAUUCUUUUUUUAAGUUAUUGUCCUUGCCAAGUUUCAGAGGUAAGGAGAUAUGUAAGUGUCUCAUAUUUUGGCUUUAACUUUAUGUCUUUGAGCUUGUUUGUCUAUGUGAAGUUUACAUUAUGUGUAGAUGAUAGGUGGCAAAGAAAAUUAUUUUGUUGGUACAGGAGUGAUUUUUAUGUAUUAUUUUGGUAUAUUCUAAAAAAAUUGGACACUGCUUCUGGAACCAAUUAAUUAUUCAUUAUAUAUUCC